UCAAAGCUAACUAAACAUAUCGUGUGACAUAGCAAACUAGAAGGCAAGGUAGCAUUGAUCACCGGAGGAGCAAGCGGCAUUGGAAAAGAAACUGCAACCAGAUUCAUCAACGAUGGUGCUAAAGUUGUGAUCGCCGACAUCCAACACCAACUCGGCCAAGACACAGCCAAGAAGCUAGGAUCGAAUGCAAGUUUCGUGUCCUGCGAUGUCACUAAGGAAUCUGAGGUCUCUAAUGCAGUUGAUUACACAGUUUCUAAACAUGGACAGCUUGACAUCAUGUACAACAAUGCAGGGGUUACAACAAACACUACUCCGGGUAUAGCCGACCUUGACCUUGCGGUGUUCGACCGGGUCAUGUCAAUCAAUGUCCGAGGUGUCAUGGCAGGGAUCAAGCAUGCAUCACGUGUGAUGAUCCCACGUCGAACUGGCUCCAUUCUAUGCACUGCGAGGGUGACGGGAGUGAUUGGUGGAAUAGCACCACACCCAUAUUCAGUUUCCAAGUCCAGUGUGAUCGGAAUUGUUAAAUCUGUCGCAGCAGAGCUGUGCAAACACGGAAUUCGGAUCAACUGUAUAUCGCCUUUCGUCAUUCCCACUCCGAUUGCGCUGGAUUAUAUGGCUCAAUUCUUUCCAGGAGUUGAUGCUCAGAGGCUCACCGAAACGUUACACAACGUAGGAAUUUUAGAGGGAAAAUAUUGUGAAACUAGUGAUAUAGCAAAUGCUGCGGUUUAUCUAGCGUCCGACGAUGCCAAGUACGUUAGUGGGCAUAACUUGGUGGUGGAUGGUGGUUUUACAGCAAUGAAGAGUUUGGAGCUUCCCGCAACAGAUCAGGUGAUGUCAUGAAGACAUCAAAGAGAAGAAUUGCUGACUACAAGUUUGAGUUCACAUUCCAAGGACAAACACUAGGAAUAUGAAGCCCAAGCACUAUGCAU